UUAUUUGAUAAUCCCUGAAUAUUUGUGGUGUAUUUAAAAUUUAAAUAUCAUUGUAAUAAUUAUGUCAACCGAUAAUAAGCCGAUGAUUGUAAUCGGCGCGGAUGUGGGCAGUGGUAGUGUUCGGGUGGCGUUUAUAAAGUUAGCCGAUGGUCAGAUUGAGGCCACACCACUGGCCACUCAUAAAAAGGAGAUCACUGUUCACAACCCUAUGGGAGAAAUGUACGAACAAAAUAGCGAUGAAAUCUGGUCCGGACUUUGCGAAUGCGUUCAAGAGUGUUUGAAGACAUCGAAAGUGAAUGUGAGCCAAAUCGGAGGGGUUUCCUUCUCCGCCACCUGUUCUCUCGUUAUUAUCGAUAAAAAAAAGAGUGGCAAUGAUGUGGUGAUGUGGAUGGACCACAGGGCCAAUACUGAAGCCGAUCUUAUAACCAACACUAAUAAUGCAGUUCUGCAACAAAUGGGUGGGAAGUGUUCGCCUGAGUUCUCUUUGGCCAAACUCUUGUGGUUAAAGCGAAACGACAAACAAAGGUUUGAUGACGCGAUCGGGUUUAUGGAACUCCCGGAUUGGUUGGCCUGGAAGUGCUCCGGACUCGACGUCAAAGACUAUCCCCGAUCGGUGUGUAGUGUUGUCUGUAAGUGGGGUUACGAUGCGGUCAAUAAGCGCUGGAACGACGCCUUUCUCGAUGCCAUUGGACUCCAAGAGUUUGCGAAAGACAAGUCUAGGAUCGGAGAGAAAAUCGUGAAUCCGGGGACACAUAUCGGGUUUGUAAGCAAAUGUGCGGCCAAACAAUUGGGUUUAAUUGACAAUUUGGAUGCCGUGGUUGACAUCUCAAUUGGGAGUCCCAUAAUCGACGCCCACGCGGGCGUCCUAUCAAUGCUUAUGUUUUCGCCGGACAUCAAGAAUGGUGGGCAGAGUCUGGAGUACGACAACAUGUUUUGCAUGAUUGCCGGCACUUCCACUUGCGAUAUGAUAUCCACUCGCGAGCGUUACUUCACUCAAGGCGUUUGGGGCCCCUAUUAUGACGCUAUAUUUCCCGGUUAUUACGUACGAGAGGCCGGACAGAGCACUACCGGCAUACUUGUCGAGCAUGUCAUCAAAAAUAGCGCUCAAUACUAUCGCAAAUACAAAGACAUGUCUAUGAAUGACAUCAUUAAAGAGCUGAACGAACAGAUUCUGAAGAAGCCCUUCAAGAAUCGGCUGAAUGUGAAUCCGUGUUUUCAUGGCUCCAGAUUACUGGCCAACCCUUAUAUGAGAGGCGGUUUCUAUGGCUUAACGAUGAGUGGUAACGGUAUUGUGGAAAGUUACCAUGCUACUAUUGAGGCACUGGCUUAUGAGACCAAAUACAUUCUCGACGAACUCAAAAUUCCCGACUUAAAAGUGGUGCUAAUAAGCGGUGGUUUGGCGAAGAACGAGGUGUAUAUGCAGGUGCACUCGGAUGUGCUCAACAUAGAUGUGGUCACAUUCUCGAUGGGCGACGCGGACCUAAUGCUUGUGGGCGCCGGACUGCUUGGCUAUCACGCCGUACGGCAACAGAGUUUAAGCACAAAACUCAUUAGUUAUCCAAAUCUGGAAGUAAAACGCUAUACACCCACUAAAGAGCUCAGAAAUUAUCACAAUCUAAAAUACAAGUGCUUCAGAGAGAUGUUGGAAAGCGCGACAAGAAUUGAGAAUUUAAUGAAAGGA